AUGGCCGGUACAAAUCAAGUUGGUGAUACUAAUAGCAGUACGCUCAAUUCCAGUAACGACAUUUCUGAUAAGAUGUCUUUGAAUAACGUUGAUGUGCGCGACCCUUCGCCCAAUGAUUCAGAAGAGUGCAAAAAAGCCAGUGCGGAACACGAAGAACUCGAAGAAGACGAAGACGUAGGGGUGGAUCCCAAGACUUUGGACUGGGAUGGUCCUGGCGAUUUGGAUAAUCCUCAUAACUGGCCCUCAUGGAAGAAAUGGUACGCUACCAUGGUAGCUGCUUUUUUGUGUCUGGCGGUUACAAUGAACUCUUCUCUAUAUGUGUCCGGUGUUCCCGAACUAGUGGCGAAAUACCAUGUGAAUCAGACUUUGGCCCUAGCCGGUUUGACCUUCUACCUGUUGGGUCUAGCUAAUGUUAUCGGCGCUCCCUUGAGUGAAGUGUUCGGUCGUAAGCCUAUCUACCUGUUCAGUUUACCAAUUUCAAUGCUUUUCACUAUGGGUGUUGGUCUUUCCGGAGGUCACAUGAGAACCAUUCUACCACUGCGUUUCUUCGCUGGGUUUUUCGCCUCUCCAUGCUUAUCCGUCGGUUCUGGUACUAUCCUAGAUGUAUUCGAUGUCGAUGAGGUCUCUGUCGCAAUGACUUUCUUCUCGUUGGCACCAUUUUUGGGUCCUGUCAUCAGUCCCAUCAUCGCGGGUUUCGCUGUAGAGGAAAGAAGUUGGCGUUACACCCAAUGGAUUCAACUGUGGGCUAGUGGUUUGAUCUUGCCACUAAUCGCAAUCAUGCCAGAGACUCACAAAGGUUUGAUUCUAAGAAAACGUGCUCAGAAGAGAAACAUAAAGCUAAAGGCGUUCACGAAUGCAGAGAAGAAAGAGUUUCUGAAAUUGACUUUCACUAUCACUAUCAUGCGUCCAAUUAAAAUGCUAAUGGUUGAGCCUAUCGUUCUGGUCUUUUCCAUUUAUGUGGCUUUCAUCUUUGCAGUUUUGUUUGCUUUCUUUGAAGCCUAUCCAGUUAUUUACCGUGGUGUUUACCACAUGAAAUUAGGUGUUUCCGGUCUGCCUUUUAUUGGUAUUGGUCUAGGUUUAUGGAUGGGUGCCUUUACAUAUAUUUUGAUUGAUAGAAAGUUUUUGUUCCCAAAGGCGCCAAAGGGUACACCUCCAAUUGAAAAUCCUACUUCUUUGAGAACAACACCAUUUAGAGGACAUAGAGACCCAGAGACAGGCCAAUUAAAACCAAUUCACCCUGAAAAGUUUCUGUUGGCCUGUAAAAUUGGUUCAGUUGCUCUUCCAAUCGCUCUGUUCUGGCAGGCGUGGACUUCUAGACCAGAUGUUCACUGGAUGGCUCCAAUUGCCGCUGGUGUUCCUUUUGGUUUUGGUUUGAUUUUGAUCUUUUUCAGUGUUUUGAUGUAUUUCUCAACCUGCUACCCACCAUUGGUCGUUGCCUCUACUUUGGCAGCUAAUAAUUUGCUAAGAUACAUUACCAGUAGUGUUUUCCCAUUAUUUACCAUCCAAAUGUACACUAAUAUGAAGAUCAAAUGGGCCAGCACAUUGUUCGCUCUGAUCUGUGUUGUAAUGAUCCCAAUUCCAUGGAUCUUUGAAAGAUGGGGACCUAAAUUGAGAGACAUUUCACAAUUUGGUUACAGUGCUAUGGCUAGAGAACAAGCAGAAAAAAUUAAAGCAGAACACCCUGAUGAGGAAAUUGAAGAUAAUGAUGAUCAUGAUUUGGAUUUGACAAGAAUUACCACAUUAAGAACCAUAGAGACUGCAUACUCCCACCAAAAUUCUAAUACGUUGGAGCACACAAUUUCGAAUACCAGUGGUAAUCACAAUGUUCGUAAGGUUGCAACCAAUAAUUUAUCACAAACAGCCAGUCAUCAAAAGCCAACUGAUGAAAUGUAUAAUAUGGCAGACAGUGGUAGUGCAUUCGAUGAGUCUUCAGAAAACUCCUCUAGAAUGGUAUAG